AUGGAUGUAGCUAGGCAGUUGAUGUAUGGAUUGAAUUUAAAGGGGCUUUUUAAAAAUGACAAUUUUCUAAGUUUGAAAGAGGAAAAUUUAAAACCAUUAAGAAAUAUAUUAAAGAUAAAAAAAAAGAAUGAGUUAGAUGAUAAUGAUAACAAAAAGAAAAAGUUUUCCUCCAAAUGUGAAUCUAUAACAUUUGAACAGUUUUACAACGAUGAACAGUUAAUUAGCAGAUAUAUGAAAGAUAAUGAAAUUAACAUAGACUAUGUUCAUUUAAAUAGGAAUGUAGUCCCCAUACGAUUUUUCGAUGAUAUUGUUAACUGUGUGAAAAUGCUAAGAAAGGAUGGGAAUAGAGCUGCUAAAGGAGUUAGUGGAAAUAGUACUAAUAAUAUUUAUUCUGAUAACAAUUUAAAGGAGAUACUGAAAAAUAAGGAAGUGAAAAAAGAUGGGCUUCCUUUUCGUCCUUUGGAUGAAGUAAAAAAAAAAAAUAAGCAAAUUGGUGAAGGGGAAAGUGAACAAAAUGAAGCGGUAAAAGGAGUAGAAAAAAAAAAAAAAAAAAAAAAAAUCAGCAACGAUGAAAUUAUAAACGAAGAAUGUAAAAAAUUAAUGGAUACAGUUAAAAACACUUUAUGUUUUAUAAACCCAACGUCUAUUCAAAAAAUUUGUAUCCCUGCUAUUUUAAGUGGUUUUAACACAAUAUGUAUAUCACAGACGGGUAGCGGUAAAACGUGUGCUUUUCUUAUUCCGCUUUUGGUGAAAUUAAAUAGUUUAAAUGUUGAGGGAGGGAAUGACGUAUUGUUGAAUGGUAGUAGUAAUGAUAGCGUUAGUAGUAGUAGUAGUAGCAGUAGCAGUUGUAGUAAUGAUAGUGAUAAUAACAGUAAAAGUUGUGGUCGUAGUAGUAGCAGUAGUCGUAAUAAAGUACGCGAAAAGGAGGACAUUUUUUUUAUUAGAAGUUUAAUCAUAGUACCCACGAAUGAGCUAGCUACGCAAAUUUAUGAACAAGCAAUAAUUUUAUUCGAAUCGUUCAGAAAAUAUGUACUUAUUCAUCUGCGUAAAGCAGAGGACAUAAAACAGAAUGUGGAUGUGUGUGUGUGCACACCGAUGGUUCUUGUACAUUUAAUUGAAAAAAAAAAAGAAAAGGUAGCAAAGGUUGAAAGGAAAGCAAAGGAAGCAAAGGUAGCAAAGGUUGAAAAGAAAGCAGAGAAAGUAAAGGUAGCAAAAGAAGUAAAAGCAAAGGAACAAAAGGAAGAAAAAAAAGUAAGUUUAGAAAAAUGCUUUUUUGUAGUUUUUGAUGAAGUCGACAAAUUAUUUGAAGUCAAUUUUUUGGAGCAUUUAAAUUGUUUAUUAAAAGAAGUACAAAAUAAAAAAAUACAAAAAAUAUUCACAACAGCAACCUUACCAGGUAAUACGAAAAGUUUUAUAAGUACAUUGUGUACAAAUUAUGUAGUUGUAUUUUUUGGAAAAAGUAUGAACACAGUAAAUAGUAACGUGAGGCAAGAAUUGUUAUAUGUAAAUAAUGAGGAAGAAAAACUUUUGGUUUUAAAUAAUUUAAUUAGAAAUAAGGAGAUACAUAUACCUGCCUUAAUAUUUGUGGAUACUAUAUCCAAGGCACACAUGGUGUACGCGAGUUUGAGUAAAAGUAGUUGCAUCAGUGCUGGGAAGAGAAGUGGUAAUGGAAUUUGUAGUGUUAUUGGUAAUGGUAAUGGUUACAGUGAUGAUAGAACUUGUGCAUAUUCCUACAUUGGCUUGUUAACCUCUGAAAGGACAAAAGAAGAAAGGGGAGAAAUGUUUCAAAGAUUUCAAUCAGGUCAUAUAUGGUAUCUUAUAUGUACGGAUGUGAUGAGUAGAGGUAUAGAUAUAAAGGGAAUAGAAACAGUAAUAAAUUAUGAUGUGUGUUAUGAUAAAUAUAGUUAUAUUCAUCGAAUUGGAAGAGCAUGUAGGUCAGAUAGAAAAGAAGGAAAGGCUAUAACAUUUUUUACUAAAGAUAAUAUAAUAUACAUGAAGGACAUUGUAAAAUUUGUGAAAGGCAGUGGCACACAGGUACCUGCUUAUUUAGAAAAUUAUCAUUUUAAAAAAGUGCCCCAAUUUAAGUAUUUUGUUAAAAUGGGGUCUAUAAAAAAGAGGAAAAUACUAAAGGGAAGAGCAACAGCAAAGAGGGGAAGGUACACAGGGGCAAGUUUUAAAAAUGUGAAAAGGUAG